AAAAUUAUAUGAACGACUAUGAUGUGGUUCUUGUUUUGUUCACAAACCGGAAAUGUACAGGAAAAAUUAAUAUCGAAACAAUGCCUCAUCUACUUCUUAUUUAUCCGGAAAAUCUUGAGAAGUAUCUUUCUCCAACAUUUGCUCAUCGUGGUUUGGUGGAUAGACCAGGCGAAAAUAACUACUGA